AAUAGAGGGGAAGGUAACACAGCAGAUUACUUCCCUGCCAGGCUCACCAUGUUUCUGCUGCAGACUGUGACUGUUAUUUCUCUGACUGUCAUUCUCCUGGGCUCGGUGGAAGGUAAGACACAAUAACACCUACAGUGUAUACCGUUAGCAGCAUGCACCCUGCUGGGAGCCAGUUUAGCAUGGAAGCGAUGGCGAAGGAGAUGAAGCUAGAGGGGAAGAGAAUACUGGAGCAGCAGCAAGGAGAGCCAUGGAUGUAAACAGAGCUAGAAUGAAGACAAUGAUUUCACAUCAAAAUAUAGAAUGCUAAUAACAAACUAACUGAAUACCUCAGACUUUAAUGGGAAAAAUGAUAGAUGAUAUCAAUGAUAAAAUAUGACAAGGUUCAGAGCAGCUUUCAUAUGACACGCAAUAUGGUAACUGUUUAUCUCAGCUAAUGUUAUUGUGCUUACUCACUCUGAUUGGAUGAAAAGCCUUGUCAUGUAGUCACAGUGCCACUGGCAUAACAGCACAUUAUGGGGGAUCAUGGGAUGUUCUAAAUCCUCCUGGCAUUCAUGUGUGUAUAGGGGGUGUGUAGUCCUCCUGACUCUCUCUCUCUCUCUCUCUCUCUCUCUCUCUCUCUCUCUCUCUCUCUCUCUCUCUCUCUCUAUCUGCACUCUAGAUGACAUAUCCUGUCAAAAAGAGCAACCAUUACAUAUUAACCUUUUGAUAGUCCAACUAUACUGUAUAGAACAGUGCAAUGAAAUGCCUUACAUUCCUACUAAUAUAUUUGAGCUCAUAAUCUAUCAUAACAACCCUCCUUAUGAGCCAAUAGCGAUCAGCCUUCAUAUACCGUAAGUGUGCUUUGACGAAUUUGACAUAAGGGUUUGCCUCUCUCCAUCUCUUUCCCCCCCCUUCUCUCUCAGGUAAGGGGGUACAGAUGCAGAGAGAUGUUCAGUGCUGUAUGCAGUACUCCCAGGGGAAAGUUCGCACCAAAGACGUGCUGAGGUUUGAGGUACAGACGGAGGGGCCAGACUGCAGCAUAAAAGCCAUCAUGCAAGUAUUCCAACUAUCCCGAAGCAACUCGCAGACAUGGAAAAUAUGCCUCUCAGAGCUAUGAGGCAUUGUCAUCUAUCCAGGUCAUGUUGUUAUGGCUCAGAUUCUACUGUAAUUGCCAUGGAAGUGAGGAAGGAAAUAAGUGGGAAUAACAAGCCAUCCAAAUAAAAGAUGCCUCGCUAGCCAACUUUGUUGAGGCUUUGGUUCAGAGAAGGCUUUAUUAAAACCAUGCUGCAUAUCUACAGUUUGUACUGUAUGUUUCAGUUAGAAAGUUGGCGUGGUGAAUGUUCUUUUGUCUGUUGUGUUGUGGAUGCAGACUGUACACCAAGAAGGUGGUGAAGUGUGCUGACCCCAGAGACAGAAAGGUCAAGAGGUUACUGAGGAAGCUGCUCCAGAGGCAGAGGACCAAAGCACAUAGGAUCAUGUGGCUCCACCCUCAUGGCAACCUGCCAGUCAUGUCGGAGGUGGGAAAUAUGCACCGUGUUUAUACAUAGGGCUCAAUUCAAUCUAACCCACAUUGCAGUUAUACUACGUUAAGAUACUACAUAAACAUUCCUAUGGUGGGAGUGAUUGAAUCCAGGCUGUACAUCCAAAAGGCUUUAUUAGAACGAGUGGAAAUAUUAGCUUUAUUGAAAAGUGUGCCGUAGACUUUACCCCUGAUUAUGUCUCCAUAUACAAUGAUUUUCCACAUUUGAAUACACUGCUGUACAGUUUUCUUUUCUCUAUCAGGACAAGAAGGAUGGGUGGGAUGCCUUCCAUGUGGAAUGUGUGUGAGGUGGUUGUUACCACAGGAUAAUUAUUGUCAUAGGUGACAUCUGUUCAUCCUUUUACUCCAGCAAUAUUGUAUUGUCUCUGUUAUGACCUAAAGUAUCUGACAUUUAUGGUGCACUUAAAUUGCCCUUUGGGGACAAAGAUUUACUGAACUGAACCAAACUAUCUCUCCUGUCAUUGCAGGCCAAGUAAACUUCCAGCGGCUUGUCAUCCUAACUCAGCCAAGCUUGCUGACUCUCCAGUCGUCUCGUGUCACUGUCUAUCUGCCUGGGAGUGUGGUGGCUGAGCUGUCACUGCCAUACAGUCCAUGAGAGGUUUUGAUAUAUAGCUAAAUGUAUUUUACACUGACUGUCGCUAACUAUGCCAAAGUAUUUGCUAAGUAUUUCUGAUUACUCUAUUCCAAGAAACCGGUCUUCACCGUCUAUGUAUACCUGUUCAAUUUCAUAGAGGGCUUGUUCUCGCCUGAAACAAUGUCAUGUAGAAAAAGGCUCUGUAUGUUUAAACACGACAUCUGAAGUGGAUCUUUUAUAAAUAAAUGAACCUGAA